UGUGUGUGUGUGUGUGUGUUAAGGUGUUUAUGGUGACGUGAUGAGAGUGAAGAUUCUCUUCAACAAGAAGGAGAAUGCUCUGGUUCAGAUGUCCGACUGCACCCAGGCUCAGCUAGCCAUGAGCCACCUGAGCGGCCAGCAGCUGCACGGGAAGCCUCUGCGCAUCACGCCGUCCAAACACACGAGCGUGCAGCUCCCCCGCGAGGGCCACGAGGACCAGGGUCUGACCAAGGACUACAGCAACUCCCCCCUGCACCGCUUCAAGAAGCCCGGCUCCAAGAACUACUCCAACAUCUUCCCCCCCUCGGCCACGCUGCACCUCUCCAACAUCCCUCCUUCUGUUGUCGAGGACGACCUGAAGAUGCUGUUUUCCACCUCAGGAGCGUUGGUCAAGGCCUUCAAGUUCUUCCAGUGA